AUGGCGUCCUGCUCCGUCCUGCAGAAGGAGAGGGUGUUCCAGUCGGGAGCCCACGCCUACAGAAUCCCGGCUCUGCUCUACCUGCCACAGCAGAAGACUCUGCUGGCCUUCGCAGAAAAGCGGACGAGCAAGAAGGAUGAGCACGCAGAGCUGAUCAUCCUACGCAGAGGAAGCUACGAUGCGUCUACCCAGCAGGUCCAGUGGCAUGCUCAAGAGGAGGUAGCCCAAGCCCAACUGGAAGGCCACCGGUCCAUGAACCCCAGCCCCGUGUAUGACGAGAAGACGGGGAUCCUCUUCCUCUUCUUCAUUGCCAUCCCCAGUCAGAUCUCUGAACACCACCAGCUCCACAGCAGGGUCAAUGUGACGCUGCUGUGCCAAGUCACCAGCACCGACCACGGGAGGUCCUGGAGCCCCGCCAGAGACCUCACGAGCUCAGCCAUUGGCCCGGCCUACAAGGAAUGGGCCACUUUCGCGGUGGGCCCGGGCCACUGUCUGCAGUUGCACAAUAGGACGCAGAGCCUGGUGGUGCCGGCCUACGCCUAUCGGAACCUCCAAGGCCACCAGCAGCCUUGCCCCUUCUCUUUCUGCUUCAUCAGCCACGACCACGGGCUCACGUGGGAAAGAGGCAGCUUCGUGACCCAGGACACCCUGGAGUGCCAAGUGGCUGAGGUGGGGGGUGCCAAACAGAGGGUGGUGUACCUGAACGCUAGAAGCUCCCUCCAUGCCAGGGUCCAGGCCGAGAGCACCAACGACGGGCUAGAUUUCGGGGGGAUCCAACCAGUGCAGAAGCUUGUGGAGCCUCCCCACGGCUGCCACGGGAGUGUCGUCAGCUUCCCCAGCCCCAGCGGGGAGUCAGAAUCCUCGGGCACGUGGCUACUCUACACUCACCCCACUGACCCCCAGCAGAGGUCCAACCUGGGUGCCUACCUCAACACACGGCCCCCGGCCCCCGAGGCCUGGUCCCAGCCCACCCUGCUGGCCAGGGGCAGCUGCGCCUACUCAGACCUCCAGAGCCUGGGCACCGGCCUUGACGGCUCACCCCAGUUUGGGUGUCUGUAUGAAUCGGAUAACUACGAGGAGAUCGUCUUCCUGAUGUUCACCCUGAAACAAGCCUUCCCAGCUGAAUUCUCCUCUCGGUGA